UCUGGUCGCCACUGCGCCUGCGCGGCUCCUGCGGUCUCUUCUGUCUCGGAUCCGGAGCGACUUCCUCGUCCAGAACCAGAACCAGAACCGCGGCCUGACCCAGACCCGGACCCGGUUCGGUUCUCCUCUCCCCCCGAACCCGUCCCGGAGUAGACCCGGUCCCGGUCCCGGUCCCGGUCCAGCUGAGACCAGAACCAGAACCCGCCAGGCCCCGGCCCGAACCAGAACCAGAACCAGAACCAGAACCUGCAGGAACAUGGACGGAUUCACCGGCAGUUUAGAUGACAGCAUGUCCGGCGCCAGCGUCUCGGACGUCCACGACCGUCUGUCUGCGCUGGAGCUGCGCGUGCAGCAGCAGGACGACGAGCUGACGGUGAUGAAGGCCGCCCUCGCCGACGUCCUGCGCCGUCUGGCCGCGUCCGAGGACUCGGCCGCCGCCACGAAGAAGCAGGCCGGAGGGAAAGGUGGGACUCCGCUCAGGGAAGCGUUCUCCAUGUCCUGCAUCGCUAACGGAGGAUCGUCUGGACGGAAGAGAGACUCCACCUCCGUCACCAGGAAGGAGACGCUGUCGUCUGCUGCCAAGAGUGGAGCAGACAGGAAGAAGGAGGGCGGCAGGUUCAUGGAGGAGAUCCAGGAGCAGCAGGAGGCUCGUCCCCCCAAGGACUCGUCUUCCCGGGCCUCGUCCCCCCAGACCCCCCAGAACCCCCAGAACCCCCAGAACCCCCACAGACCGGGUUCUGACAGCAGCAAAGGCCACGCCCCUCCAAAAAGGGGCCACAGCGUGAAACGGUCCUCAGGUAUGGAACGUUCUCAGAGCAGCACCUGGGAAACCUCCGAGGAAAACCGGAACAAACUGGUGAAGGCGGCGUCCACGUCCAGACUGCUGGCCAAGGUGGCCAAGAACUCCGACAGACACAAGGAUCCGGUGGUGAAUCAAGCUAAAAUGUCGACUCGAGAGAAAAACAGCCAAGCUGAGGGAAAUCACAUCAAGAUGUUCAUGCGCGGUCGACCCAUCACCAUGUUCAUCCCGUCAGACGUGGAAAACUACGACGAAGUUCGCACAGAACUUCCCCCGGAGAGACUCAAGAUGGAAUGGGUCUACGGCUACCGGGGCCGGGACUGCCGCUCCAACGUCUACCUCCUCCCCACCGGGGAGAUGCUUUACUUCGUAGCGUCGGUGGUCGUUCUGUUCAACUACGAGGAGCGGACGCAGAGACAUUACCUGGGACACACGGACUGUGUCAAGUGCCUGGCCGUCCAUCCUGAUAAAAUCCGCAUCGCUACGGGUCAGAUCGCCGGAGUGGACAAGGACGGACGGGCCCUGCAGCCUCACGUCCGGGUCUGGGACAGCGUCAGCCUCGCCACGCUGCAGGUCAUCGGACUCGGAACCUUCGAGAGAGGAGUCGGCUCGCUGGCGUUCUCCAAGGCGGACUCGGGGCAGCACCUGGGCGUUAUUGACGACUGUAACGACCACAUGCUGACGGUGUGGGACUGGCAGAAGAAGCUGAAGAUCGCAGAGAUCAAGUCGACCAACGAGGUGGUUCUGGCCGUGGAGUUCCACCCCACCGACCCCAACACCAUCGUCACCUGUGGGAAAUCCCACAUCUUCUUCUGGACCUGGACCGGGAACUCUCUGGCCCGGAAACAGGGAAUCUUCGGGAAAUACGAGAAGCCCAAGUUCGUCCAGUGUCUUUCCUUCCUGAGUUCUGGAGAGAUUCUGACCGGAGACUCGGGGGGAGUUCUGCUGAUCUGGACCAGGAGUUCUGCAGAGAACCCGGGGAAGGGGGCCCGAGCGUUCCAGAUCAGCCGGCAGGUCAAGGCCCACGAGGGGAGUGUGUUCUGUGUGUGUGAGAUGAGGAGUGGGAUUCUGCUGACCGGAGGAGGAAAAGACCGGAAGAUCAUCCUGUGGGAUCACCAGCUGCACGCGGACCGGGACAUCGAGGUUCCGGACCAGUACGGGACCAUCAGGGCCGUGUCCGAGGGGAAGGGGGACGAGUUCCUGGUGGGGACGUCCAGGAACUUCAUCCUCAGAGGAACCUUCAACGACGGCUUCCUGGUGGAGGUGCAGGGACACACGGACGAGCUGUGGGGCCUGGCCUGCCACCCGUCCAGGCAGAUGUUCCUGACCUGCGCCCAGGACCGGCUGGUCUGUCUGUGGGACUCGUCCAAUCACAGCCUGCAGUGGAGCCGGGCCCUGGAGGAACACGGACACUGUGCAGACUUCCAUCCCAGCGGAGCCGUGGUCGCCAUAGGAACCCACUCUGGAAGGUGGUUUGUUCUGGACGCCGAGACCACGGACCUGGUUGGGAUUCACACCGACGGCAACGAGCAGCUGUCCGUCAUGCGCUUCUCCGUCGAUGGCAGCCUGCUGGCCGUUGGAUCCCACGACAACUUCAUUUACCUCUACAACGUCUCGGAGCGCGGACGCAAGUACAGCCGCAGCGGCAAGUGCACUGGCCACUCCAGCUACAUCACUCACCUGGACUGGUCACCUGACAACAAGUUCAUCAUGUCCAACUCUGGAGACUACGAGAUCCUCUACUGGGACGUCCCCAACGGCUGUAAACUGAUCCGGAACCGGUCGGAGUGCAAGGACUUCGACUGGGCCACGUACACCUGCGUGCUGGGAUUCCACGUGUUCGGCGUCUGGCCCGAGGGCUCGGACGGCACCGACAUCAACGCCCUCAUGAGGUCCCACAACAGGAAGGUGAUCGCGCUGGCGGACGAUUUCUGCAAAGUCCACCUGUUCUCCUACCCCUGCUCCACCCCCAAGGCCCCCAGCCACAAGUACAGCGCCCACAGCAGUCACGUGACCAACGUCAGCUUCCUGUACAACGACAGUCACCUGAUCUCCACGGGGGGGAAGGACACCAGCAUCAUGCAGUGGAGGCUGGUGGACAAAUCCCUCCCCGACGGCCUGGUGUCAGGCUCCGCCCCCCCGCGGGCCCCGCCCCCUCCGGUGACCACGCCCACACAGGAACCCCGCCCCCUCCCGACGGCCAACGGGACGCAGGAGCCCUCCCCUGACCCCUCCCCCGUCCCAGAUCUGACCCCGCCCCCUCUAGGGCUGACCCCGCCUCCUGCAGAGCUGACCCCGCCCCCUCCAGGGCUGACCCCGCCCCCCUCCGACUCCUCCCCCCCCGACAGCACGGUGAGUCUGAAGGACAGCCUGGAGCCCAGCGACGACACGGCCACGCCCAGCGACGAAGGCCUGCCCCCGCUGACUCCGCCCUCAUAGGUGUGUGUGUGUGUGUGUGUGUGUGUGUGUGUGUGUGUGUGUGUGUGUGUGUGUGUGUGUGUGUGUGUGUGUGUGCGUGCGUGUGCGCGUGUGUGUCUGGUCCUGAACCCAGGACUUCCUGUCCAGUCCUCUCUUUGUGCCACAGCUUCAGGUCCAGACUCCAAAACUCCGGAUCAGUUUAGAACUGAAGUUCAGUAAAUACGAUCAUUAAAACAGCAAACUACUCUGGUUUUUGAUUGUCUUGCAUCACAGACGAGCGUCCCAGAACUCUGCUCACACGGACUACACAGAUCAGUCAGCAGGUUCAUGAGCUGUGAUGCAUCAUGGGAAAAUCCUCUACGUUUGGACGUCACGUGAUCAACCGUCAGCUGUUUCAGUUUAAGAUGUGACUGGAAUCAGACGGGUGUUUCCCCGUCUCCGGCCACCGGGGGCAGCAGAGAGCCCGACACGUGAACUGGGGGAACUCUUCUCUUUUAGACGGGUGUUUCCCCGUCUCCGGCCACCGGGGGCAGCAGAGAGCCCGACACGUGAACUGGGACGGGUGUUUCCCCGUCUCCUGCCACCGGGGGCAGCAGAGAGCCCGACACGUGAACUGGGGGAACUCUUCUCUUUUUCUUUUGUCAAAAACAGACUGAAACUGGACUCUGGUAAAUUCCACCAGGAAGAACUGGUGAAGUCUCGGCGUCAGAGAACCUUCUGGAAUUGUCUUUAGAUACUUGUUUUUAAUGCAUUCUUUGAUGACAAAAUUAUGAUUUAAUGAUGUAACAAUCAAUAAGGCAUUUCAAUCAUUAGCUCCAGUGGAAAAGAUGGUUUGUUUUGACUCAAAUGUCAUUUCCAAAUGAAAAACUCUCAAGCUCAGAAAGUGUGUGAUGUCAGGAUUUUAACCUGACUCAGAUAAUCUGAAGUUUAGGGUAAAAAUCAGAAAACACAGAGGCGUCUAAUCAAAAAUAACUCAAAUCAGUGUUGAAUUCUGUCACGUAUUCAUUCCAGUUAAAGACACAUUUUCACAACCAUCUUUUAUAAAACCAGUAAACUUCACUCGCAGGGAUGAAAACAGAAAAUGUGAUUAAACUGUUGAGUUCUUGUUGUGGAUGAAAGUCUGGGUUGGACUCCCGUCUCCUCCAGGACCUUCAGCAGGUUCUGCUGCAGAUAUUCUCCAGGAUUCUCCAGGAUUCUGCAGAUAUUCUCCAGGAUUCUGCUGCAGAUAUUC